UAUUCACCGAGCUUAGAUUAAGUGUAGAGCAAAAAUUAUAUCAUGAUUAUUUUGGUGAUUAUCCGUUUGCUGCAGGAGUAUCUCGCCGUUGCAGGCGAAGCCGUGGACCCGUGCUCUGCCUACAUCAGCCUGAACGAGCCGUGGAGGAACACAGAGUUCCACGUGAACCAGUCGUCUGGAGUGCCUCUGUGUGACAGCCACAUGUCUGGAGAAUGGUACCGCUUCACUGGCAUGGCUGGGGAUGCCAUGCCCACCUUCUGCAUAUCUGAGAACCACUGUGGCACGCACGCUCCAGUCUGGCUCAGUGGCAGCCAUCCUCGACCCCAGGACGGCAUCGUGACCCUGUCUGUGUGCGCCAGCUACAAUGACAACUGCUGCCAGUGGAACGCCAGUGUAGACGUGAAGGCCUGUGCCGGGGGGUACUUUGUCUACCGUCUGCCCAGACCCUCGGUCUGCUUCCAUGUUUACUGUGGCUACUUCUACGAUAUCUGUGAUGAGGUGGACUGUGCAGGUCCCACGUGUCCCGAGUCCGACUGUCGCUGUGCACCUGGAACUGUGCUGGGACCAGACGGACAAACGUGCCUGGACGUGAAUGAGUGCGAGAAGGACAAUGGUGGCUGUGCUGAGGUGUGCGUGAACACCAAAGGCUCCAGCCGCUGUGAGUGCAGACCGGGUCGCGUGCUGGGCGAGGACGGACGCCACUGCAAAGAGAUAGAUGGCUGUCAUGUUAACAAUGGAGGCUGCAGCCAUGGCUGCUCCACACUGCUCCACUCAUAUCAGUGCCACUGUCCCAGAGGGCUGGAGCUGGGAGAGGACAGACGCACAUGUCAGGUGCCAGUCCAGUGUGAUCCCAGCUCUAUUACUGUGUCAGUCCCUAAGGACCUUGUGGGAGGACUUGAGCUCUUCCUGUCCAACUCGUCUUGUCGAGGUGUCUCCAACGGCACGCACAUCAAUCUCAACUUCAGCCUGAAGACCUGCGGCACAGUGGUGGAGGUGACAGGUGACAAGAUUGUUGGCACUAACCUGGUGACAGGCCUUCCCAGGAGCAACCCGGGCAGCAGCAGGGACGUGAUCGUCCGCACCAGCAAGUUGUUGCUUCCGGUCACCUGUGAGUUCCCCAGGGAGUACCACGUGUCGGACAGGUACCAGGCAAGUGUGCGCAGCUCUGCCCUGAAGCUGGCAGGCCACAGUGAGGGAGUCUUCCCCUUCUCUCUGGAGCUCUUUAAGAACGCAGAGUUCUCAGAGUCCUACCACUCCCCACCUCAGCUCCGCCUGCACGACUCCCUGUUCUUCGGGGUGGAGCCCAAGGAGCGAGUGGAGGGCCUCUCUGCUCUGGUGGAGAGCUGCUUCGCCACACCAGGCCCCAAAGCUGACCAGGCUCUUAAGUAUUACCUCAUCAAAGAUGGGUGCAUCUCUGAUGAAGCAGUGACACAAUAUUCAUCAAAGGACCAGCUCUCUAAACACUACCAGGUCCCUGUCUUCAAGUUCAUUGGCAAGGACAACCAACAAGUGUUCCUGCACUGUCAGGUCUUAGUGUGUGGAGCAGGAGACUCCCGCUGUGCCCAACACUGCCGAGGGCGUGUCCGACGGGGGGUUCGGAGCGGGGACGCUCAGGUGCAGCACACCCUGACUGGAGGCCCCAUCUUCAUCCUGCCUUAGUCCUGACGUUUACACACAGAUAAUAAGAGCAAGUCCUGGCGGAACAGCACAAGCCAGGAUCACAGAAACCACAUUUAGAUUUCAGUUGACAGUUGAUUUUUUUCAACCAAAUAUAAACAGUAUGUGGAGAGACGGUCUCUUUUAAACUCCCCCUCACACACAUAACACACGCACUUAACCUUUAUCCACUCCCAGUGUCACUCAUGUUGCUGUAGAUCACUUAGAUUCUCGUUAAUGCAUCCAAAGUCUGUGCCUCUUUGCCUGGCAGCACAAUUUACGGACAUUAAAGUGAAUGGCAUUUCUAUUAGAAAUAAUUUGGACGGGCCACAGUCCAUUUGUAGCAACUACAGCAUGAAGGAUGUUUUUCUGGGUCAUACCUUGCAGCAUUUCUCGGGCUCGAUUACAGCUUAAAGAUUUGUGGAUUUAUAAAAUUGGUUUAUAUUUCUCACCAGUGGCGGACUAUGGAUGUGUUUUUGUAUUAUAUCUGGUGUGCUCGGGUAAAUCGAUGGCUGGGGAGUGUGUCCCGGAUUACCAGUGCGGUGGAAAGGAGAUACCAGUGUGCCAUGGGUGGAAAUCAUGCACAUCACUGCUUCAUCACCCUGACAGUUAAUCUAGACUCAAUCAUGUCAUUAAAAACACCAAUUUGUAAUGCAUUUGUUAUUAAAAGGAAACAACAAAACAACAAAUAACUUACAUCAAAUAGUAGCACGGAGGCGUGUUACAUUUUACACAAGACAUACAGACUUCAGGAUUGUCAAAACCAGUUUUUAAUAAAUGUUAAAUAGCAGCACAUAAUUAUCUUGUGUCUUCCCGUGAACAGUGAACUACUAAUAUCGUUCCAUCAGGAAAGAUAUUAGUUUGGAGUAAUUUAUGGUAAUGGAGUCAUGGAGGCCUAAAUGGCCUAAAAAUUAAAUGGAAUAUUGAGACUAUAAUAUGCAUGAGCAGUUAAUUGAGGUUCUGAUAAUCAUGCUCAGAUAACUGACUUUUUUUUAAUACUCUGUAUGAAUAAAAUGCAAGAAACUUUUAA